AUGACUGCCGACGAGCCGCAGGCAAGUAUCGAAAGGAGUAGGGUCCAGACUAAGGCAGAAGAAAGCGACACAAAUGGUGCACCCCUACCCGAAGAGGCAAUGAGCGCGCGGAGUGGCUCUGCAGGUCUGCCACCGCAGCCAGAACUGUUAGCUCGCGCAUCCCAAGGCGAGCUGCCAUCCGUAGCUAAGGCUGUGGGCGAAGGGGCUUCGAUCAAUCCCCACCGCGAUUACUACGCCGAUCUUCGCGAGGUACUCAACGCGCCGUCCGAGGCCCGCAUCGCCGCUCUCAAGCGUGAGCACUACGAGCGUUACGGUGAAGACCCCAUUUGGACUGCCUUGCUGGAAGAUGCCCAAGCAUCUCUGCAGACAGGUAUUCGCAUCCGGGAGCAGCUCCUGAGCAAUCUGCGGCAGCAGUUGUUGGAGGCGAAUGAGAUUUUGCUCGGAGGGGUGGCUGAAGAGUCUCAGAGGCAGGGUUAG